AUUGACGUUUCGCGGGCGGGGUGACAUCACUAUCGUUUUCUGGUUGUGUUGUGUCAGUCACUCGUAGAAUGACGCAGUAGAAGGUCGUUUCAGAGAUGGCGAGCUUCCCAGCAUGAAAUACAAUUUUAUGGCGAGGUAAAAAUAUUCUGUUUGGAAAGAAAAAAUGUCUGCAGACUCUCCAAGGCGUGGUGUGCAUAAAGGAGUUCAAGUUGUAUCACCUCAGCCAAUAGUUGAUCGUUCAAUUAUAGACAGUGUAGCAGGAAUAAUUAACGAUAUUGUUCCACAGGCUUAUGCUGGCACACCAAAUUCUGAAAAUAAAGAAUCUAUAUCAUGGGCACGGUUUGAGUAUGCAGACAUUAAUGAUCCUGCCCUGUAUCCAGAUUACAAUGAAGGCUCUAAUACACCACCUUUAUUAUUGGUGCUUGGUUAUACAACUGGAGUUCAGGUAUGGUUGAUAGCAGCUACAGGCGAAGCUACUGAAGUAUUGUCAUGGCGACAAGGAAUAGUUCGUACUCUGAGAAUUUUACCAAAUCCAAAGACUGAUGAUGAACAUGCUGAUUUGUUUGAGCUGAAACGGCCAAUGGUAGCAAUAUGUGAUUCAGCUGGACCUGGACCACAAUUUUGCAACAUUAGUUUCAUUUCGCUAAAAACUGGGGAACAAGCUAAAAGCAUAAAAUUUAAAAAUCCUGUUUGUGACAUUUUGGCAAAUAAACGAUCCAUAGUAGUGACAUUUUUAGAAAAGAUCGCAGUGUUCGAUGCUCGAACAUUGGAAGAUGUAUUAACAGUUACAACGUGUUAUGCCAGUCCCGGUCCAAAUCCAAAUCCUGUUGCCUUAGGCACAAGAUGGCUUGCUUAUAGUGAAAAGAAAUUAUUACCAGCAAAAAGAAGCAGUGGUGGUUGCGAAGGUGAAGGAGUACAAAGUUAUACAGCAACUGUUCUUUACGCGGCAAAAUCUUUAGGAAAAGGAUUGCGUGGUUUGGGAGAAACCGUCGCAUCCAGUUUAACUGGCAAUUCAGUAUCACCAAUAGUCAUUAAUAAUACAGGCAGUGAUGUAACUCAACCAGGAGUUAUUACGAUAUUAGAUCUGCAAGCAGCAAAAGAGGAGAAAGAAUUAGAUGAUGCGAACAUAGAGACUGUCAUUGCUCAUUUUACUGCCCAUAGUGAUGCAAUCGUUGCCAUGACUUUUGAUUUAAGCGGUGCGUUGCUAAUGACCGCUGACAAAAGGGGGCAUGAUUUUCAUAUAUUUAGAAUUCAGCCACAUCCAGGUGGUCCCACUUUGGCAGCAGUACAUCAUUUGUAUAUUUUACAUCGUGGAGAUACUACUGCGAAAGUGCAGGAUAUGGUUUUUUCGAGCGAUACUCGUUGGGCCGCAAUUUCAACUGUACGGGGCACUACUCAUGUUUUCCCCGUUGCACCAUACGGUGGUCCGGUAGGAAUACGAACUCAUUCCACACCUCAUGUUGUAAAUAGACUUUCGAGAUUUCAUAGAAGUGCAGGUUUAAUGGAUGACGGCACCAGAUCUCAUUCUCCUGUAUCUCAUACAGAGUUGCCUUUAUCAUUAUAUCCAUAUUCUAAUCCAAGACUUCCUCCGUAUCCUCAUCCGACUGUACUACAUCCUUUGGCACAGAUACGACAACCAUCUUCGUUAAAUCACAUAAACAGUCAAACUCAACAGAGUAGACCACAACAACGACAACGAUUGCACUCAGAUGAUAGUGGAACAUUACCAUUAAAAAUAUGUGCUUGCUUUGCACCUCCAAGAGCUUGGAUGUAUGCACAAAGAGAAUCUACUGCAAAAGUGAUGAAAAGAGCAAUUGAUUCUUUAUUCAUCAUGGCAUGUCAUGGAAAUAUGAUACAAUAUGAUUUAGAUCCCAAACCAGCCGCAGGUAUACCAAAGGAAAAAGUAUGUGACGAUACGAUGAUAGAAUUAGAAGUUGAAGCCAAAGGUCAAUGGCCUCUUCUAAGAUCUCCGAAUUCAAUAGAAAUUGUGCCACCUUUGCCAACAUCUAGCUCUUUACUAAAUGUCAAUAGUGUGCCGAAAGACAUUCAAGACAAUGACUUAGCAGAAGAUCGUUGGUUAAGUCAAGUAGAAAUUGUAACACAUGCUGGACCACAUAGACGACUUUGGAUGGGACCUCAGUUUGUAUUUAAAACCUAUAAUGCAACCAGCGGGGCACCUGUAAAUCUCGUUGAAGCAGAGGCUGUUGAAAUCGGAGUGAUUGGUGGAUCUCGUCCUGCGAGAUCAAAUCCGGUUAAUAUGCCACAUGCUGCAUCCAGAUCAUUGGUACCUGUGGUUAUCGAUGGAUCGGGAAGUAGUUAUGAGCAAUCACCAAGAUUCAUGGAGGCGUAUGGUGACCCUCUAGACAGUGAAAACGCUACUGGCGGUGAAAACCAGUUGAGAGAAGAUCUGGCCGAAGCAAUGCUGGAGACGUCAAUUGCACCACACCGUGCUCCUGGGAGGCGAUCGGUAUUUGAGAGGGUGGGUCAACCGGUAACUAAAGUCGUCAACCCUCUGGGCACCGUGAUUACUGUAUCGGCCGAUGAGGAGGACAUUAACUCCAGUCAGGAGUUCGAUUUCGCCGAGGAGAACUACAUGCCGGAACCACCUAGAAGCGUGUGCGCCGAAGAGGGUCCGGCUUCUCUCGGUGAUCUCGAGCCAGAGAGCCAAACACUGCGUGACCUCACCGAAAUUUGCGCGGAAAUGCGCUCAGCUAGCGAGCCUGCGAUCGAUAGCGUGCCGGACGAAAAUAUCUGUGAGGUGAAGGAGAGAAAAGCGCUGUGCGUCGAGAUCGCUUCGAUCACGAACCCUGGUAACUCAACCAUCGAUUUUGAAAAGGAAGAAGCUUUCCGCGAUGUGCCAACUAGCUUGAGUCUGUGCGUGGAACAGGGUGAGAUUCCUAGCAGCCCUAUGACCCAGGCGAAGGAAGCUGCUUGGUACAAAAAAAUUGAUAAAAGGGAAGACAAAGGAGCCCAGGAAAGAAAUGUAUCCGAGGAGGCAGAGUAUGUAGUUAACUGCGACGAGGAGAGUAUCGUACUAAUGGAAAAUAAAGCAGCUCAUGGACGGAAAAGUACGUCGGUACAUUGUAAAACUGACAAUAAAAAAGCUUGCGAGUUUGAUAGGGCCCCGAGAAAAUCAGGAAAGAACGGGUCCUCUGCUUGCUCUAGUAAACGAGCCGAGACUAAAACUCCUGCUAAGAAAUACAUUUUGAAAGAGCACGAAGACAGUAUCGUCAUCGAGGACACUACUUGCGACGAUUCUAAAUAUGAUUGCAAGAAAAAAGGUUGCGAAAGAAACGUGGCCGAAGAUACAAAAAAUAAGAAUACCGAAACUAGAAGCGGAGAAUCUUCAACAAAAGAAACUGGAAGGGGUAAAAACAGAACAAAAUUCUCCACGGUUCAGGAUUGCAGAGAAAUAAAAGCUGAACUUUUUACGGAAGGUAAAUGUUCAACGAAGCAGAUAGAGAUCAUAGAAAUGGAUACAUUAAUCGAAGAAGCUGACAAGAAAGAAGACUUCAAAUCGAUUAUCAGCGUCGAUGUAUUAACUAAAGAGACAGAUAAAUAUAAAUCACCACCAUCAGACUCGACCGACGAUUUCAGUUCCAGCGAAUAUCACAUCAUUGAUGCACCUUGCUGCAGCAAAGAUGGCACAUCGAUUCAGUCUGAUGAAGACAUCGAGCAUAUUCAAAGCUCUGAAAUCACUCAAUUACAGCAGGUUGAAUGCAUCGACAGCGAUAAAUGCACCGACGUGAUAAGUUGCGCUGGUUCUUCGCCCAUUUUGCAGAGGAAGAAUAGCAAGAACACAAUAUCUGACGACGAUAUUGAAUACAUACAUACUUCUGAACUAGUGGAUACACCUGACAAAAUUUGCAGAGAAGAAACGAAAGAAUCGGCUAAAAGCAAACGAACGUUCUCUGACGACGAUAUGGAACACAUCCAGCAUUCAGACAUCUACGAUACUUCAUCCGAAAGAGCUAAAGAAGUGCAUGACAGAAGUACAAAGAGAUCUCAGGAAACUUCAGCCGAACAAACGUCGAAAUCUAAGAAUGCUAAGAAAACGAAGGACAUCGUCGUUAUCGAGGGCGACACAUCGGCUGCUGACGUGACUGUGAUCUUUAAACCAGUCGAUACUUGGAAGGGUAAGAGUAUAGAGAGAAAGGAGGAACUAGAAGAAUUUACCACGAAAGACAUACCGGCUAGUGAAAAUCCUAGUCCGCUAAGAAAAGCUAAGAUUCGGUUUGCUAAAAUACCUCCUUCAAAUGUCGCGUCCAAACGGCCGCAAGCAGAUAUUGAGAUAAUUGACAUCGACGCGAUGCAGAAAGCCGAGAUGGAAGUACUGACCGACGCCGCGUCCAUUUCAGAAUGCAAAAUUCUUGCUGGGUCUGAAGUGUGUGGUACUCGCACGAAAAAGUCUCGGAAGAGUAAGAGAACCAACAACGAAAGCAACGUGCAAAGCUGCGAAGCUUCGGUCGAGCCUGCAGAACAUGUCGAAGAACUUUCAAAGGAAUCGAACUCUCAGGAGCCGGCACCGGAGUUUUCUUGGAGCGCCGUGGUAAAGAAGAAGAGCGGUUCUCCCGUGGCCGCGGAAACUCGAACAGAUGACGACAAAGAGAAUUACAAAUCGAAACGGUCGUUCGAGGCUGUCGGAGGAUCUUCCUCGUGCACACCUAUCUUGGAGAAAAUAGAGUCUUUGAAGAAAAAAAUACACGAGUCUUCGUUGAGGAAGAACGUGGACAAAAAGAGUUCGAGUUCUCAGGUGAUAGAUAAGCUUCGAGAGGCUGUUUUAGAAUUAUACCCUGAAGAGUCUUCCGUUCAGACAACAGAACUUUCUUGGAGUUCCAUCGUCAAGAAGAAGAACACCUGCUCUAUCGAGGGUGAGACAAGAAGGGAACCUGACCUCGAUCCGAUAGUAGAGGAAAUGAUUAAUGACGAAAGGAAAACUUACCGAAAAUACGAAUCCUCGAUUCGCUCCUCGAUGGUGGAUCAAUUGAAAGAAGCUGUCACAGAAGCAACUGUGGGAGAAUCGUCUGUUCAGGCGACAGGAGGAUCUUGGAGUUCUAUUGUUAAGAAAAGACCUGUUUCUUCCACAGGAAGCGAAUCGAUUACGCGAAAGGAAACUGUCGAGCGGAAAACUCACAGAAAGCUGGAUCUACUGACCGAUUCUACGACCGAUGAUUACAAGACUACGGGUUCAUCCGCGGAUAAAAGCAUGUCGUCCGAGAAAUCCUUGAAGUUAGAAACUGUAAGCGAGAUCGACGAAAAAGUUUCGAUCGAUUCGAAGAACUGGAACGUUGGUGGACCGCUGGUGGAUUCAACGUUUACGAAAGAAGAUUCCUCGGAGCUUGAGCGAGACACCGAGCCCGAGAAAAGGAGCGACUCGGAGCAGGAGAUUGUGCCAGAACGUUCGAGCUCUUCGGACGAGUUGAACGCGAACGUGGUGUUUACAAACGCCGAAGGAGAAUAUUCUGGUCGCGAGACGACCGAGAAGAGUGCGACGAAUGGCUCGAACUCCUCGGUCUGCGCCACGUCCAAAAAAGGCAACAGGUCGAAGAAAAAAAAACGUGGUAGCCAGUCGGUUGCCAGUUACGAGGAUCUAAGCUCCAGCAGUUUUAGUUCGGCAAGCAGAGCUUCUCUCGACACAAGGGGUUCGCCGACGCCUUCCUAUGGUGCUGAGAACAUGAUGGUCUUUCCUGGUGAUAGCAGCGGAUCCAUUUGAGAUUAUUUGAGAUGCGCAGCACUGUUGCCGAAGUGGCUGCGCUGUCUCAGAUAAAUCGUGUGCGUGGAACAUUUUACUGGCUCUGUGCCGCUGCACGUAAUUCCGUAAUUUUCUGCUCAAACGAACCGGGGACUCGCGGGGAUGGAAACUAAAAGAAAAAAAAGAAAAAAAGAAAAAAAGGAAAAGGAUAACUAAAGGGAAAAAAUAGAAAAAGUAUAUACCGCUGUGCCAUUUCUAUGAGUUUUCUCCUCCUCCCAGAAAAAAAGAAAACAAUCACCGCGACUCAAGCGCGGCAAUCAAGUUUCUUUUUACCUCGAACUUUUUUUGGUGGGAGUACAGAGAAAACGCGAGUCGACCGAAGCGUUCACCUGGAAAGAAGAAACUCCGAAGAAAUUGUUCCGAAAACAAUUGUUUGUUUGUCAUUUUUUUUUUUUUUUUAAAUAAGGAACAAUUAGUAUUUAGGUUUUUACUUAUUUAUAUACGUUGAUGAUUGAAAGUGGUGAAUUUCAUAUCUUUCUGUUUUCUUAGCUCGUGAUCCGUUAGCUGAUACUAUUGGAUCGGAACUGACAUAUUCAUCUAUGAUCCAGGAAAGGCUUGAAGAAUUGUGAUGUACUCCACGAGAUGUAUAGUAUACUGUCCGGAGCUAAAAAGAGGGCUAGUGGUGGCAAAGAGAAUAAAGUCACUUUGCCACCACUCGCCGACACACUGCUACACGAGUUUGUUUGUUUAUGUGAUACUUUCGGCUAAUAUGUCCUUAUAUUUAAGAAUGCAAACAACUGAUCAGACCCGCAUUAUUGUCGUCUUCUUUUCAGCUCCGCGUUACACGUAUCUUGUAAGAAUUUACGACUGAUCUGAUAGCUAUAAAAAUUCCACUGAUCUUCCUGGUGAUUAGAAUGCGAUUGACUGUAGAAUUUGUUCAAAGGUUUGCUAGUGAAGGACAGAUCAUGUAAUAAUCUUAAAAAUGUGUUACAUUUACGUUACAUUGACGAGUAUACGCUUUCUGUUUUUCCGAUGAAAAAAGAUACGUUCCGAAGACUAAUUUUAUUUUGUAUAAUAAAUAAUCAAAGGCUGGUACAGUAUCGAACGUGUUAAAGAAGGACGUGAACACUAUGUGAAAGAUCUAGAGCAGAGUUUCCCAACCUUUUUCAAGUCAUGAUUGAUUUUUAUAAUAUUUUAUAAUAUUUUAUUAUAUUUUAAAUAUCUGCGACACUUCUUCGCAUUUGUAUAAAAAGUAUAAGCAUUUAUUUAUUUAAAAGAAAAAAAACAGAACACUUGUCAUAUACACUCAUUAGUAGAAUAUCGUAAUAUAGUGAGAUUGAAGUAAAUAAGAAUCGAGAAUUGUCGUGACAGAAUGUCGUAUGAAAAUAAUUUUCCGUAGUAGAAGAUUUCCAUAGGAGUACACAUUGAAACUUUCGUUACGACUCGCACAGGUUGGGAAUUCUAGGUCUAGAAAAGUUUGGACGAAGAAGAUCUGCUUACGCAAGACAUGAUACCAAUUUUGCAACGCGUGAAAUAUUCUAUUUUCGUACGAUAUUAGAUGUUUAUAGAAGUUGGAAAAAAGGAAAGUUGCAAACGAUAUGGAAUUAAUUUGUUUCUGCCUUCCGGCUGUGAAACGCUUCGGCCAAAUACAUCACUUAGAAUUGUACAAAAAGUCAGUGGCAUAGAAGCGUACAGCGUUAUCUUUAUUCGUUCCCGAAUGGUACACGCUGUACUCGAACACUAA